AUGCCGUUUCUGGGUCGGGAUUGGCGUUCACCAGGUGAUCAAUGGGUUCGAACAACAGAAGGUUGGGAAAAACUGAAGUUAUGGCGUGUCAAAGUAUUUGAGAAUUUGAACCAAAAUGUGAUAGCAAGAUUAAUACGUUUAGCUUUAUUAGAUAUAAAGUCAGAUCAAGAUAAUAUUUAUGGUAGAAGGCAGCCAUAUAUUUUAUAUAAUAGAGCCAUGACAAGAGAGAAAAAAGAGUUAACAUGUUUAAGUGAAGCAUUAAUUAGACUGGAUGUGGCUGGAGCAGUAAAAGACAUCCAGAGAAUUAAUUUUGUAGCAAAGUUACUUGAGCUUAUUUUCAAUAAGAAAUUUACUGGUUUAAGCGGAACUGCACAGAAACAUGUGAUAUCAAUAUUAGAAGCUUUCUCCAAUGAAGUGUUAAAAACAGAAUAUAAUACUGGUUGUAUCAGAGACCUCUUGAAAUCAGCUAAUAGUGCCCUUAAUCAAGGUGAAAACUCACACAUCGGCAGUGCUUGUUUAUGGACAAGGCAUAAGAAAGCAGUUGCACAGAUGCAAGAUAAAAUAUCUGAAUUUCAAGUCAAACAGAGGAAUGAUGAUGGUAAAACAAAGUUUACAGAUCUACCAGAAGAUUGUGUGCGAUGUAUUUUGUCACGUAUAGUUGACCAUAAAGAUAUUAUGAGAGCUGGAAUGUCUUCUACAUCUUUACAUUUGAUAUCACAAGAACACUGGCUGUGGCAACAACUAUGUUUCUUCCAUUUUGAUGAUAAUCAAAUAUUGGUCUUUCUACCUGAACAUUUAGAAGAAAAAGAUAUUGAUUGGCAGUAUAUUUAUAAACGUUGCUAUAAGCGAUUUGGGAAAAAAGAUCUGUAUGCUGAUUAUUUAGCCCUUUGUUCAUGUUGUGGCAGUAUUUAUUGGCAGUCUCUUGGUCAUCCAUGUGUACAUGAGGAAAGUAUCUCAAGAAACCUGUCUCCACAGGAUUUUAUCAAUUUAUUUAGUUUAUAAAUCGUUACUUAUCUGUGCAAAAACAAUGCAAAAACUAUAGUCUGUCAUUCAACAAAUAAAACUUGAAUGAAUAGGAAUGC